AAAGUACUAAUAAGCAAUCACCUCUCUGACUCUGUAAUCCUUUCCAGUUUUGGAGAGUCCAAAAAUCCAAAAUCCAAUAUUUGUGGUAGCUAGGUACUCUGUUUUGACUCUGUUCUCCUCUGCAGUCAAUAAACUCAUCCCAAACCAAACAAGCGAGGGGGCAUUAAUAAAUUACUUUGAUUUAUUUUUAAAUCAUACGUGUAUUUAUGAAUUGAUGCAGCCAAUUCGUGGCUAUGGUGUGUCUCAAGUCGUGGACUCGAGUCAUCCAGAGUAUAAAGAAGGUGACUUGGUGUGGGGGUUAACGACAUGGGAAGAGUACAGCCUCAUCACAGAUAUCGUCCCUGGAUCCUCACUCGUUAAAAUACACCACACUGAUGUCCCUCUUUCUUACUAUACUGGACUUCUUGGCAUGGCUGGUAAGACUGCUUAUGCUGGAUUCUUUGAAGUAUGUCCUCCUAAGAAAGGAGACAAGGUGUUGGUCUCUGCAGCAUCUGGUGCGGUUGGUCAGCUUCUCGGACAAUUCGCUAAGUUGGCUGGCUGUUAUGUUGUUGGAUCUGCCGGAUCUAAACAAAAGGUACUUUUAGAGAACAAGUUGGGGUUUGAUGAGGCUUUCAAUUACAAGGAGGAGAACGAUUUAGAAGCAGCUUUGAAAAGGUACUUUCCUGAAGGAAUUGACGUCUACUUUGAGCAUGUGGGUGGGGAAUUGUUUGACGCAGUGCUGCUCAACCGCCUCAACAUGAAAGAACACGGUCGCAUUGCUGUGUGCGGAAUAAUUUCACAAUACAACCUUCCCGAGCCUGAGCCACUCAAAAACCUGUUCCAGAUUGCAUUGAAGCGGCUCAAUAUACAUGGAUUUACGCAUCGCGAUUACGAUCACAUAGUACCCAAGUACUAUGAGUUUGUGCUGCCUUACAUCCGGGAAGGUAAAAUAGUGUAUGUGGAAGACAUAGUUGAAGGGCUUGAGAAUGGUCCAGCAGCACUGGUUGGACUCUUUACUGGUCGCAACUUUGGGAAGCAAGUAGUUGCAGUUGCACCACCUCAACCUUAUAUAUCCAGAUCGAGGAGCUUCCUUCAUUGAUCCACAUUCACCCGCCUAGCUAGUAAUUACCUUGUCUUCGCUGGGAUUCAAGCAUUGUAUUGUAUUAUAUGUCUAUUCCUUGACAGAAAUAA